GUGAAGUGUUUUUAAAAACAAUUCAAAUCAAAUUGUGUAGUACUCUGAACGCUGUUGUUGCUGCUAUCACAGUUAUCUGUAGAUCUAUACAUAAAACACAUUUUGGUGGUUAUCGUGUAAUUCUUUCCAUAGGAAUUGGAACAAAAUGGCUCCCAAAUUAUAUUGGAUUUUAGCCAGCCCUCCCGCUAGAGCCGUUGUUUUUUGUGCGAAGCAGUUGGGAAUUGAACUGGAUCUUAUAGAAGUUGAUAUACUGAAGAAUGAACAAUAUAAACCUGAAUUUUUGAAGAUAAAUCCGCUGCAUACAGUUCCUGUUUUAGAUGACGAUGGAUUCAUUAUCACUGAUAGCCAUGCUAUCAUGCCAUAUUUGGUUUCAAAAUAUCGCAAAGGAAAUUCUUUGUAUCCAGAAGAUAUAAAAAAGCGUGCCAUGGUGGACCAAAGAUUACAUUUCGAUAGUGGAACUUUAUUUGCAAACCAUAUCAGAGUCUGUAUGCCUCUUCUUAACAAAAGAACCAAGGCCAUACCUGAAGACAUACUAACAGCUUUAACCGAAGCUUAUUGUGUUCUUGAAGGAUUCCUUCUGGAUAGUAAAUAUGUUGCUGGUGAGGAUUUGACUAUUGCAGAUUUAAGCAUUUGGACGACAAUUACGAACUGCUCUGGAUAUCACCCUGUUGAAAAAAACAAGUAUCCAAAAAUCGCGGCUUGGUUGAAACGAAUGGAGGCAACACCUUGUAAUGAUCUAAAUAAAGCUGCUGGUGAUUAUAUUCGGGACUUAUUCCAAUCAUUGUUGUCUUUGUCCAAUAGUCAUCAGCGAGAAAUGGCUCCAAAAUUGUAUUGGAUUCUUGCUAGCCCCCCGGCAAGGGCAGUGGUUUUUUGUGCGAAACAACUGGGAAUUGAAUUAGAUUUAAUAGAAGUGGAUAUACUGAAGAAGGAGCAAUACAAACCUGAAUUUCUGAAGCUGAAUCCGCUUCACACUAUACCCCUUCUAGAUGACGAUGGGUUUAUUGUCACAGACAGCCAUUCCAUAAUGUCAUACCUUGUUUCAAAAUAUCGCAAAGGCAGUUCUUUUUACCCAGAAGAUAUCAAGAAACGGGCCAUUGUGGACCAAAGAUUGUAUUUCGAUAGUGGGACUUUAUUUGCAAACCAUAUCAGAGUGUGUACACCAAUCAUUUUCAAAGGCGCCAAAACGAUACCCCAAGACUUAUUGACUGCUCAAACCGAAGCUUAUGGUGCUUUGGAACAAUUCCUUCAAGGCAGUAAAUAUGUUGCCGGUGAUGAUAUGACUAUCGCAGACUUCAGUAUCUGGACGACAAUUACAAAUUCUUCUGAUUAUUUGCCAGUCGAAGAAAUCAAGUAUCCAAACAUCACGUCUUGGUUGAAACGAAUGGAGGCAACACCAAAUAACGAUUUGAAUGAAGCUGCAGCUGAAUAUAUUCGGAACUUAUUCCAAUCCCUGUUGUAUUAAAAAGUUUAUUAAAAAAUGAUGGGUU